AUGACAAAGAAAGACACUCCCAAUCACGACGGCGCCGAGAAUGCUGGACCGGUGGAACAGGAACGGCCAUACAACCUGUCAUACUCAGUAGGAGUGGCGGAAAACCAGAACUCAAAGUUUCGUAAGACCAUGGAGGACGUACACACUUAUGUGGAAAACUUCGCUUCAAGGCUGGACUGGGGUUAUUUUGGAGUGUUCGACGGACACGCAGGAUCACAGGCCUCGAAGUGGUGUGGAUCACAUCUACAUGCAGUAUUAGAAAAAGACAUUAUGAGCGAUGAGAGUAGAGACGUAAGAGAGGUACUUAAUGACGCAUUUUCGUAUGCCGAUGAACACAUAAACGCGAGUCUGGGCGGAAACAGUGGAUGCACAGCAGCGGUGGGCGUACUGCGUUGGGAAGUGCCAGACAACGCGUCUAACAAAAAGAUCGAAUUGGAUCAGCACAAAAGAAUGCUCUACACGGCUAAUGUCGGCGAUACCAGGAUCGUUCUCUGUCGCAACGGUCACAGCGUGAGGCUAACAUACGACCAUAAGGCCUCGGACAUACUGGAGAUGCAAAGAGUGGAGGCAGCAGGAGGCCUCGUUAUGCGGAGCCGUGUGAAUGGAAUGCUCGCGGUAACACGCUCUCUAGGUGACAAGUUCUUCGAUAGUCUAGUGGUAGGAAAACCAUUUACCACAAGCGUAGAGAUAACAACAACGGAUCAAUUUCUAAUCAUAGCCUGUGACGGGCUCUGGGAUGUAAUUGAGGACCAAGAAGCGUGUGACAUAAUCAAGGAUAUGACCGAUGCUAAUGAGGCUGCCAAGAUGUUGGUGCGCAUGGCAUUGAAACAGGGUACAACUGAUAAUGUUACGGUUAUGGUGGUGAUGUUCGACAAUAGUUCUUAG